AUGCUGACUCUAACCUCACCAUUUUCCUUCCCCAGGACUAUGCUCAUGCUGCCCCGACGAUCGCGGAGGCAGUUCCUCGGUGGCCGAACUGCGGAGGAAGGCCCAGGAGCACUCGGCAGCCCUGCUGCACAGCUUGGCCUCCUUCCACAGCCUGCCGCUGCUGCCGUCGCUGUCCAGCCUCCAUGCGGCGCUGCAAGCCAAGGCGCCGCAGCCCGAGCCUCCUUCGACGCCGCCGCAGCAGCAGCGCCACUGAACCCACCACCCGCGGUGGUGCGGCGGCUCUUCUCAUCUAAUCUAACAUCAGUAGUGUUCGUAGAUACUUCCGAAAGCGAAGACCUGGCAGCUCAGAGGAAGAACGCUGUUUGGAAACCUUUUACAUUAUUCAGAUAUCAUUUUGUCGUUCAUGAUGAAACACAGCAAUAA